AGACAAGACUCGAUGACAACCAGGACACCGAACACGACUCCUGUCCCAAACCAAGAAAUAUCCACCGAUUGCGCCAGGAUACGAUGUCGGACCCACGCGCCGCUUCCAACGACGGCGAUAAUGACUCCGGUGAUAGUAUGGAUGCUGCCGUGGCUAAAACCGCUGGCUUCGUAGUCUUUUCAGGGAUCGCUAUGAGCAUCCUCAAAACCCUAAACCCUUUCAACAAAGACCGGAAUGCAACUCCACUGCCUCAACAGCCUGUCGCUGAGUCAACUCAGUCUUCUCUGACUCAGCCGAUACGAGAUUCCCCGCCUCCUCCUCCUCCUCCUCCCCCAGAACCCAUUAUCACCGAGAAAGCAAGUAGUAAUACGGAGCAAAGAGUGCCAGAAUACUCGGGAAAUGUAAUAGAGAUUGUGAAAGGAGAUACUCUUUGGGGUCUCUCCAGAAAAUAUGGGGUGUCCAUAGAUGCAAUCAAAGAGGCUAAUGGGCUUACAGGGGAUACCAUCUACGCUGGCAAGAAACUCAUUAUCCCAUGAUGUUGUUUCUAUCUCUUCGUAUCUGUUUUUCAGUUUUUCUCUUCUAAAUUGGUUGUUAGACAUGUAAUUUUGCAAAAAAGCUAGUGAAGAGUAUCUGUCCUGUAGUUUGUAAUUUCAACAUGAGCAGAUGGAGACCUUACAUCAGAAUUGAGAAUGCUGUUGUGCGCUGUUCACAGUACUAUUUUAAAAUUGUCUAUUUAAUUGCAUUUGUUUUGUUUUCA